AUGAUGCUAAUAGAUUCAACUAUUCUAAAAUAUGCUUUAUCCAUUUUACAGUUUUUGACAGGUGAAGCUGAGGAGGUGCGGAGACUGCGGCAGGUGCAUGACCACCUGUGUGACGUGGCUAAGCUCAUAGACGACGGGUACGGCCUCUCGGUGCUCAGCUGCCUCGCCACGCACUUCAUCAACUGUAUAAUUUCUCUCAACCUUUGUCUCUCCAUCAAGCUACAGUACCAGGUGUUUACCCGAGAUAAAAUGGACUCCAUGGCAUACGUUGCAAUAAUGUGGGUUGUUGUCCACGUUGGCGGCAUUCUGGCAAUCACGUGGUCCUGCAGCAAAGUCGCCAGUGAAAUCCGCCGCACUGCGGACCUGGUGAAUAAGGUUCUGCUGUCGCCAAUGGACUACGGAACCACUGGCUCCAGCGUACGUCGACAGCUGAAGCUCUUCUCGCUGCAGCUGCUGCACCGCCGCCUGCGUUUCACAGCGAGCGGUUUGUUCACCAUAGAUCUUUCCAACUUGUCGUCCAUGGCGACUGGUGUGGUCUCCUACCUCGUCAUAUUCGUACAGUUCAAUGACACAGAGAUGUCUACCCAAGCUUGCAACUCCAAUUAA